CCCGUUCUCUGAAAUGCAACUUUCAGAGACGUGCAGUGAUUUCAGAAUCGUUCGAUCGUGCAUUCGUCGAGUAAUUUUAGUUUUCUCGUGGAUCUGAGACGUGUUUCUUCUCGUGCUCGACGGAAGGUGGACGAAUAGUGGUCGUACGACCGUAAACAAAACGAUCGUGGGUCGCGUACGCGUAGUAUCUUUGGGAGCAGUGCGUUUCGUGAGUGGUAAUCUGUGCAUAUGUACGGAAAUAUGCGUGAAAGAGAAGAAUUCUGCCGAAGUUAUCCACCAGGACAACCGUCCCAGCCACCGACGGCUCGGGCCCUGGGUCUCGACGCUCUGCACAGCCUUUGUAAAGAGAUAUAUCCCGACCAGAGCAAUCCCCUCACCGUCACCGCUGUCGUCAAGUACUGGUUGGGGGGUCCUGAUCCUCUCGACUACAUAAGUAUGUACGAGAACCCUGGCUGCCCCGAAUUAGGCAUACCACCACAUUGGCACUACAUCAGUUUGGGCUUGUCUGAUCUACACGGCGAUGGAAGGAUACAUCCAAAGAGUGGUCCAGGUCGCCCUAGUGGUUUUGGAUUCGAAUUGACCUUUAGAUUAGUCAGAGAAAGAAACGAGAUGAGUCCACCAACUUGGCCAGCAAACGUGAUGCAGCAGUUGGCAAAAUAUGUUUUUAAUUCUGGGAACAUGCUGUUGCCUGGUGACCAUGUUUCGUGGCAUGCUCCAUUGGACAAUGGAAAUGGUCGUAUCACGCAAAUUUUAAUGGGGAAGGAUCCACAAUUGCCAACAUCUAUAUGUACACCUCACGGAGAUGUUUCGUUUGUUCAAAUUGUAGGAGUCACUUCCGAAGAAUUGCAGGCUGCACAGCAUUGGAAUGGCUUAGGUCUCGUGAGUUUGUUGAAGACCAGUCGUGGUUGUGGACCAUGGCUGGUGACAAAUAUGAGACGGGUACAUUCCAUUAUGGAAGAUGACCCCUCCAUAGCAGAGAAAAUACAGACUGGGAUAGAAAAGGAAGGUUCUAAUUUAAGUGGCGUGUCUGCAAAGUGUUGGUGGGUUCAAGUGAACAGUGAUAGGAGUACAGAGAAGUACAGAGAAAAAAGAAACGAAUCGGACGAAGAAGAUGAAGAUAUAAAACCAAUUAUAAAGUCGGAAAGAUUGUCACCUUGUGAAUUAGAUUUAAAUUUAUCUCAUGAAAAUUUUAUCAAAGUCCUGUCAGGCCUUCACUUGACUUUUAAUCUUGAAGCUGGAUCUUUGUUACCGUUAGCAAUAAAGGGCCGCGUCAUGCAUGGAAGGCAUUUUACGUUCAAGUCCAUAUUGUCCAACACAGCUGUUACCAUAGUUGCGCCAUCGGUUACUGGUACUCUAGUUUCUAGGGAAAAACCAUACGUGGUUCAAGGACCAUGGCUACAGGUGCUACUUCCAGAAGAUUUGUCUGAGAAAAUGGCUCAAGAGUUUCAAAUUUUAAAUUCGACGAAUCAGGUUCAAUUGCCAAAGACAUUUUCUUGGCCUGAACAUAAACUGGUUAUUACUGUAGUAAAUGACUGAGAAAAUGUUAAAACACAUUUUAGUACCUUUAAGCGAGUUAGGAUACAAAUUAACAUGAACAAAGUAUUAUCUUAUUAAACAGUGGGUUUCAAAGAACUUAUUUAUAACUGGAAUGCUGAAACACGAUUGUUGCGCAAACGACAGAACUAUAAGACUUCGCAUAUCAACGUGUAAAAGAGGAGGCCGAUUAUAUUUAACAUAUUUCGAUUUACCUAAAAAAUAUAUUCUCUAUUUUGGAUAGCAAAGAUUUCCACGCCUCUCUUUUACAGAUUGAUGCCUGUUAACAUUUUAUAUUUAAUUGUACAUAAUAGAACGCAAGUUGAAAGGUGUAAUUGUAUUUGAUAUACGAGUUUACACAUUGUUACAACGAAUGAAUAUUUCUGUAAAUAGGCGAACGUAAAAUUUUGGCGUUAUUUUCGUCAGAGUAUUUUACCAAUUUUUUUUAUAAAAAGAAUGUGUAAUAGAAUAAAGUAUAAGGUAUAAUAUUUAUAAGA